GUUGUCGUCUUUGUCUUAUUAUUAUUAGCUGCUCUAAAUGACAGACAUCUGCAAGAAUUUGCCCAUCCCGCAGAAAUAGAACACAGCUUAUUUGCGUAGAUAAGAUAGGCGAGAAGAGUAGGAAAUCCGCCAUGGACAUCGCUCAGCUGCAGAAACAAUUCGUGGACGUCGUCGUUUCCAUUUAUCGUCAGAACUUCUUGGAUGAUCAAUAUGCUCAGCUUCGGCAACUGGAAGAUGAGAGCAACCCAGAUUUUGUGGUGGAAGUGGUUAUGCUCUUCUUUGAGGAUUCUGAGAGGAUUAUCGACUGCUUGACCACUGCUAUGCAGCAGCAAAUUGUAGACUUCAAGCAGGUAGAUGCCAUUGCUCACCAAUUCAAGGGCAGUACUUCCAGUGUAGGUGCACAAAGAGUAAAGAAUGCAUGCUUAUGUAUGAGAACGCUUUGUGAACAAGAGAACCUUGAUGGGUGUUUGCAAUGUCUCCAACUUAUCAGAAAUGAGUACUUUCUAGUGAAGAGUGGACUUGAAGCUAUUAUAAAUAUGGAGCAGCAAAUCAUGGCUGCUGGUGGAACUAUCCCCGCGUUCUCAGUAGGAAUGGAUGCAAGUCCGGAAGGAAGUAGGAGGUUUUUGGAGUUUUGGGUAAAAAAUGCAAGCGGGUUCGGUCACAAGGAGCUCGUAUACUUGAACUGAUAGGGAUCAACCUGAUGAAGGAACCGCGAGGGAUGUAGGCAUGUAGCCAGCCGGAAUAACCACCUUCUCCUGCCAUGCCGAAAUGCUCACUACUGCUAGCCCCCCCCCCCCCCCCCCCCCUCCGACGCUUCAGUUCUCUGGUGGUUAUGAUGUCUUGAUUAUUAUUGAUUAAUGUCAAUGGCAGCCUCUAAGUCUCAAGGAUUAUUAUGGGCUGUAUUAAUCUUAUUGACUAUGUGGUGUGAGUUUAUAUGAUUGUUAUUAUGCAACCUUGUUUGUAUAGAUGUGUUUGAUAGCCCACAAAUUCAUUUAUGGACUUAUGGUGGUAUUUUCUUUCCACCAAAGUAGUUUCAAAUGUGUCAUGAUCUACUUUGUUUCCUGGUUUAAACGUGUGAGUAAUCUAUCAAGACAUAAUCGUAGGAAUAAUGUAUCAAAGUUGUGCUUUAUCAGGCACUUAUAUA